CAGGGCGAGAUCACACUGCGGAGUGGACAGGGGGAAGCAAAUGUAGGAAGCAACCAACCGAUCCUCAACGUCAGACGCAGCCUGUUUUUUUUUUUUUUAACAAAUUGAUUGUCAUCAAACAUUGUAAAAAGGUUUGUGUCUUCAAUUUUGAAUGCAUUCUUCUGGUUAGCCGGGGAGAUAUAGCAAGGAGGAAAAAGACGUCAUGAAAAGGUCCUGAGGGAGAACCGGCCUGUCGCUCCUGUCCUGUACGGAGUUCUCUUCUGUGACUCCUGAUUUGGCUCCCUCACCAUCCCUCACCAGUGACACUGUUGAAGGAGGGCCCGGGUGGGGCCGUGUACGUGGAGCAGCUCUGGGUUUAACUGUGUGAGAGUGUUUGUCCUCCCCGCCACCGCCCUGUGCCUCCCCUCCCACCCUCCCCGGAGAAGGCCGUCAGGAUGUCGGAAGCCAGAGAGCGCAGCCCCCGCCACCAGAGGCCCUGGUCUGUCUACCGGGCCAACACCUUUGACCUCUCCUCAGAGAUGAUCGGACUGGCGCUCGCAGGGAACAGCCAGGAUCCAGAUGAGCCGGUCCUAGAGUUUAGCGUGGCCUGCGUCGACCUUGUGACCCCAGCCCUGGAGCGUAAACCCAACAGCUUUGUGGCGGUGAGCUGCACCACCCCGCCUCAGGCCUUCUGGACCAAACACGCCCAGACGGAGAUCAUUGAGGGCACCUGUAACCCCAUCUUCCUGAGCAGUAUAGCCUUCUUCCAGGACUCCCAGAUUAACCAGCAGACGCAGGUCAAGCUGUCCGUAUACGAUGUCAAAGACCGCUCCCAAGGCACUAUGUAUUUAUUGGGCUCGGCUCUGUUUCCUGUGAAAGAACUGCUCCAGGAAAAGAACCACAGAUUACAACUAAUCCUGAGGUCGGCGGAGAACGAGAGCGUGGGGAAAAUCAACAUCACCGCCUGGCAGAUCGACGACCGGAGGGACCAGAGGACGCUGCCCGUCGCCAGGUUACCGGACACCAUUAACGGCAGGACCGUGCUUCCGGUGGACGAGAGCCUGACGGAGUCCAUGGGCGUCAGGGCCAAAUACGCAUCCCUAUGCAAAGACACCCUGCUGAGAUCAGUGUUCGGUGGGACCAUGUGUCGGAUGUACCGUUUCCCCACCACGGACGGCAACCACCUGCGAGUGCUGGAGCAGAUGGCUGAGAGUGUCCUGUCCCUUCACAUCCCCAGACAGUAUGUCAAACUACUGCUGGAGGAGGACGCUGCCAGGGUGUGUGAGUUAGAAGAGCUGGGGGAGUUGUCUCCAUGUUGGGAGAACCUACGGAGACAAAUUGUCACUCAGUAUCAGACCAUCAUCCUAACCUACCAGGAGACGCUCUCUGACCUCACUGACUACAAAGGUCCGUCUUUCAAGGCCAGUAAUCUGAAAGCCGACAGGAAGAUGGAGUUUAUGCCCACCAACCUGCACGUCCAGAGGAUGAGAGUGCAGGAUGAAUCUGGCUUCGACCACACAUAUGACGUGGUGACCAUUGGGGCUGCCGCCGCCCACUGCCAAGGCUUCAAAAACAGCGGCCUACGAAAACAAAUCACCAAGUUCGAGGAGGCCAAGAAACACGUUUAUGAGGAGGAAUGCAGUGCCUUGUCCAGCUGUCAGUCCAUAGUGUUCAUCCCCCAGGACAUCGUCCGGGCCAAGGAAAUCAUCGCCCACAUUAACACCCUAAAGACCCAGGUCAGCUACUAUGCGGAGCGUCUUUCGCGCGCCGCCAAGGACCGCUCUGCCAAUGGCCUGGAGAGGACCCUCGCUAUCCUGGCUGACAAGACACGCCAGCUGGUGACAGAGUGCGAUUGCAAGCUGCUAGCUUCUGCCAUCCAGGCGCUGAACGCGGCGCGGCCCGAGUACAUCGCCUCCAGGGCGUCUCCCUCCGCCGAAGCCGCCGAUCAAGUGGUCCUGCGCAACGACCAGGACACGCUGCUGGCCAAGUGGAGCGGGAGCAACAGCCGCUCCUCGCUGCACGUCGACUGGCACGAGGAGGAGUGGGAGAAGGUGUGGCUUAACGUGGAUAAGAGUUUGGAUUGCAUCAUCCAGAGGGUGGACAAGCUCCUUCAGAAGGACCGUCUACAUAGCGACCCCAGUCAGUGGGACUCGUCCCCGGGCGACCCGCCGAGUGGCUGCAGUAAGCGAGGUGAACAGAAGACCAGAGCAUUCUGGAUAAACCCUGACCGCAUGACCCAGGAUAAACCCACAUCAUUACCAUCUUCAUCACCGUCAUCCUCCCUGCCCCCUUCUCUGGUCCUCAGUCUGACUCCUGCAUGCCCAUCCAGCCCCGACAGAGUCCCUUGUGGCAGCUCCGGUGGUGAGGAGGCUUCACCAGGGGAGUGGAGCGAGGCGCUCUACCCUCUCCUCACCACGCUGACGGAGUGCGUGGCCAUGAUGAGUGACAAGGCUAAGAAGUCCAUGGUGUUCCUGUUGAUGCAGGACACCGCGCCGACCAUCGCCAUGGACCUCAGCCUCCAGUACAGACGAGAUGUGGUCUUCUGCCAGACGCUCACGGCCCUCAUCUGCGGCUUCAUCAUCAAGCUGAGGAACUGUCUCCGUGACGACGGCUUCCUCAGGCAGCUCUAUACAAUCGGCCUGUUGGCCCAGUUUGAGUCUCUGCUCAGCACUUACGGUGAGGAGCUGUCAAUGUUGGAGGACAUGUCAGUGGGCAUCAUGGACCUGCGGAACGUAACCUUCAAGGUAACCCAGGCGACUUCCAGCUCCGCCCCCGACAUGUUGCCCAUCAUCACCGGGAACCGGGACGGCUUUAACGUCCGCAUCCCGCUACCGGUCACCAUGUUCGACGCGUUGCCCCGGGAGAUCCAGAACGGCAUGUUGCUGCGAGUCCAACCGGUCCUGUUCAACGUGGGAAUCAACGAACAGCAGACACUAGCUGAGAAGUUUGGAGACACAUCUCUGCAGGAGAUCAUUAACCUAGAGAGCCUGGGGAGACUCAGCUCCUACUACCAACAGUUCAAGGAGGUGCUACCGGAAGACUGUUUGCCCAGGUCCCGUUCCCAAACGUGUCUACCAGAACUGCUGAGGUUUCUGGGACAGAACGUCCACGCGAGGAAGAACAAGAACGUGGACAUCCUAUGGCAGGCAGCAGAGAUCUGUCGGCGGCUGAACGGCGUGCGUUUCACCAGCUGCAAGAGUGCCAAGGACCGCACAGCCAUGUCGGUCACCCUGGAGCAGUGUCUGAUCCUCCAGCACGAACACGGCAUGGCUCCACAGGUCUUCACUCAGGCCCUCGACUGCAUGCGCAGCAUUGGGACCAGGGAGGGGGUCAUCCAGAAGAAUCUCAGUGGCCUGUUGCCUGUGCGCGACUUGAGGCUGGACCCCAGCCUGCUGUACUCCCUCCCCCUGCUGGCCCUCAGCCCCAACCUGCUGGUCGUCUGGCUGUUCCUCAGCGUCGCCUACUUCCUGGCAAAGCUCCGCUGCAGCUGAACGCGCUGCCCCCUCACCCCAGCCCUCUACCAGCCCCCUCUCAGCCAGUUCAAACAGUGACCCCCCCCCCCAACCCCUCCCCAACGGUGUACGACAGUCAGGCAGUCGGGAAGAAAGGCAACAUUUUUAAGCCUGUCAGCCCAGGAGUCAGUCUUUCCGGAGCUCAGCUGGGAGAACCUGUCAUAGGUCAAGACCCGACAGCGUUUGCCUGACUGGACUGUAUGUGCGUCACUCAGCUAACCUGACAGCUGUUCUGCCCAACCCAUCCAGCAUUCUUCCUGCCCUGCUUUCUGUCCUAACCAAUCCAGUGUGGGAGCAGAAGGCUGAUCUAAAGGUCUAUAUAGUCCUCCUACUGUAUGUGACUGGUACUGUUAGUCUUCUGCCUUAUUUCUCAUUUAACACAAAUUGUUUUACACUGGUCAAAUAUAUUAUCAAUGAGGGCCUGGAGAGAACCUUUGUGAAAAUAUUGCCACUUAGAAGAUUUAGCUGAAUUUAAUGGAAUUUAUGUUUUCCAUGAGUUUCAUGUACAAUGCAGUUUUCCAAACCAUUACAUGAUUAUGACCAUGCUAUGAUAACUAGAUGAAGUCAUGGAUCUUUUGGUUUUGCACAGAGCUUUUCAAUCAUGCAAAUGUUCUGGCUUGCUAGAUGUUUGUCUUCCGUACGAAUUGCAUACAGCAUAAGCCAAGGAAAGGCUUGGCCAUGCAAUAUCAAGCUGAUGUUGUUUUGAUAUGGCGGCCAUUUUGUUGUUCUUCCUCAAGUCUUCCUACUCUUACAGCAGGAGGCAAUCGUGUUCGCUUUCACUUAAAUGCACUUUUUUAUUGUUGUUGUCUGCCUUUUUCGUGGAGAUUUGCUUGACUUGCCAAUUGACGCAGUUUGGUCUCGCACUGGAGCAAAUUCAGCUGGUAAAAUCUGGGAAUGUAUGAUAUUUCAGGGGACCUUUCUGGCUUGUUUUAUUAUGCAGUGAAGAUUUUUAUCACAUGCCGCAUAACAUUGACUUAAAACAGUAUUUCUGUGGUUUUGGGGGAUUUUUUCAGUUUGUAUCCAAUUGAAUUUCUUGACAAAAAUGUUCUCUUUACUGUAGUUUGUCUGAAUUUGUUCUCCUAUGAAAAUGCUGACCUGUACAAUUUCAGUUACAGGACAAAUAGUGAGAAGAUGUAAAGAAUGUAUAUGGACUCAUCUCCAAUGACCCCGUGUUUUCCAUAAACCACUAACUAGCAGUGCCCUACCUAUGGGGAAUACGGGGUGACUUGAGACUCAGGCCGUUAUUGUUGUGCCAAAUUCAUCAGAUGAUAGGUAGAUCCAGCUAGUGGGUCUUUAGUCCAGGUCAAAAUGGGACCUCCAAAGCUCCCCGCUCCCAUUUCCAACCAGCUGCCGCAGAGAAGUGCUCUAGAAAUGGAAUUCAAUAGCAGACACUUCGACUUAUUUCUAUGACUUGCGCUCUGGGCUUCCAGUUUCAUUUUGUACCGUGGCUGCUCUGUUAUCCCAUUGAAACAUUUAGCAAUGCAAUGGUAUAUUCAGUCAUUAAUAACAGUUUUGGUGGUAUUGUUAUUUUACAACCCCAUAGUCGUUAUUUUAAGCAGAAUAACACCUGUCUUCAGCGUCGUGUCAUGUCCCAAGACAGCCACACUCAGUCCAAUCUAAAGUGACCUACUAAAGAAAUGGACCAUCAGUUCCAAAAUAGCCUCCGCUGGGAAAUUCUCACUCUUCCAACCUCCAUCUCCGACUUGUAGACCCCUUACUAUUUAAAAUUGGGGCAUGCUUUUGUUUUAGUGGUUCGUUUUGGUUGAGCUGUAUGAAAGCCGGAUACAACUCUCAUGCGUAACUAAUAGGAGAGCUGAUCUGGAUUUGAUUGUGUAUUCAGAUAAGUGCUGUAGUUCGGGACAGAGUCUUAACCGAUCAAUACAAUUUAAAUCAAAUUAUUCUGUUUACAUUGUCAACAAAAGAAAAGGUAUAUGCAGCAUUUAUUUGUCAAUAUUGUACAGUAUUUACUUUUUCAGUUUUCCCAUAUCCAUCAUGUAAAUAAUAGAAUUGUAUAAAAUCUGAUGUUCUUGCUGAUUUAGAACUACCUCUAUUUUCCCAUGAAAUCGACAUCAUAUUUACCGCCAGGAAUCAGAUCUGCCAUGAGUCCCAUUAGUAUGCAGUCCUUGACUAGUGGACUUCGGCUGUUCUCCAAAUGACUCCUUAUUCCCUAAAAUACAUAGUGCACUAACUUCAACUCUUGCUGGUUGGUGAAGGUCAUAAAUAUGCAUUGUACUACCAGCUUGUCCACUAGUUUGGAUCCAGGCAGAAAUAAUGUGCACUCACAAAAAACCUCCCGGGCCAGAACUUGUUCUGUAGGCCCUUGUCUUUGGUGCCAGUUCUAAAAUUACACUUGGUUUUAAAAUGUGAGUUUUAAAAUUACACUUGGUUCUUCCGGAAUCUUUAAUUGGGAUGAGGAAAUCCACUCCCCUGAAUGUAUUGUUACCAUAGGGAAGCCAAAUCCAGGAAUAUUUAAACUUGAUCAAUUCUGAGGUUUUUAUUUUCCUUUUUCUUGAAUUCCUUUUGAGGUUUUGUAAAAGCAGCUUCAUAAGAAAACAAUCAAAUGACUAUUGAGAAUAUUUAUGUAUUUAUAUUGCUGUGCAUUAUAUUUAAAUACUUAUAUCUAAAUGCUUACAUUUGCCAGAUAUAUUUAUUCAUAUGUAGAGUUUGAUGUGAUUUUGACAUUAUGCAGGUGUCACAAGAGGGACAAAUUCUAGUUUCUGUUUCAGGUAUCUUUGUAUUAGUCCAUGGGUGUGGUACUUAGCCAUUGCAAAACAAUAUCAGGAUGACUAUUUCUGGAUGUACUCUGAAAGAUUAUAUUCUUCUCCCUGUUUCUCGUGAUGGCUUUUCUCUGGACAGUGCAAUAACAGUGAGUCCCCCCAAAGAUUCAGCUUUAAUGUUAUGUAAUAAACUUCAUGCCAAAUGUGUAGUGCAGCGUCAGGUGUAUGAUGCCACUAGGUUAUUGGAAUAGUGCAGUUCUCUAUUUUGUUUGCUCUGAAAAUGUUGCAGGGGAAUUAUAAUGUCGAACGUUCUUUUAGGUAUAUUGUUGUUUGCUAUUUUGUCGUGCUUUUUGAUGGGAACUAUCUAGAAAGCCGAACGUUGGGUGAAAUCACGGUACUGGUACCCUUCCCUUCAUCUCCCCCCCUGUCCUCCCAUUCAACUGACCGCUCACAUCAGCUGUUGCUUUCAUGUUUCUUUGACAGUGGCUUCAAGGUAUCGGGUCGGGUGGGGGGGCGGGGGUUCUCAUUGUCUUUUAACACAUACCCUUUAUGUUUUGUUUCCUUCACUUUGCUGUCAUCCUCUCUAUCUGUGCUUGCCCCCCACUCCCUUUCCCUGCCUCCUCUU